UUGUGCCAAGAAGAAAGAUCUUUUAAAGAGGAUUUUUCCUUCUCAUGUGUCUUAGUUUCAGACCAUUGUGAAUCUCACCUCUGCCCUCUUGGAUCGAAAUGCGUCUUUUCAACAGGAGAAUGCGAAUGUCGUUCAUAUUGUCGUUCAACUGGACCGGCUGUAUGUGGCUCAGAUCGGGUCUCCUAUGCUUCCGCUUGUCAUCUAUUCGUCAGAGCGUGCCUGCUUGCCAAAAAAGGANUUUCACUUCGUAUGGUCAGUUUUUCAGGAAAGAGAAAUCCCUGCGAGGAUUUGCGCUGUGGACCAGGAGAGGACUGUGUUGUCUCUCAGGUAAUUUAUGGCGUACUAUCAGCUAAGUGCGUGUGCCCAAGUACCUGUCCAUCUUACGGUGAUUCAGUUGUAUCGUCUCCUGUAUGCUCUUCGCAAGGUAUCGACUAUCCUUCACUAUGUCAUCUCAAGCAACAUGCCUGUCAUACUCAGACCAACAUUACUGUCAGAUACUUCGGCGAAUGUGAUCCAUGUGCUAAUGUGGAGUGUGCUCGUGGAACGAGAUGUAAGCUGAACUCGUUAAGAAAACCCGAAUGUCGAUGUAGUGAACAGUGUGCUCUUCAUUUUGAGCCAGUCUGUGCUGAUAAUGGGUUGACGUACACCAAUGAAUGUGUGAUGAACGUUGCCGCUUGCAAAGAAGAUAAUCAGCUGUCUGUCUACAAAAAGGGGAAAUGCUCAGAUUUCCAUAAUCCUUGUGAUGAUCUUGAAUGUUCUCGUGGAGCUCGUUGUCAUAUCCUGAAGAACGGUACAGCCAGUUGUGUCUGUCCACAGAAAUGUGCCCAAGCACUUACUCCUGUCUGCGGAACGGACGGAAUCACCUACGAUAACGAGUGUGAAGUUCAUCGCCAUGCUUGUAUGGAACAGGCUCACAUAGCCGUACGUCAUCAAGGACCAUGCGGAGAAGGUCUGUGUGCUUCCUUCACAUGUAAGUCGCCACUGGCUUGUGUAGUAGUCGACGACAAACCAUCCUGUGUGUGUCCCCAAUGCACGGACGAACUCCGAGAGGUCUGCGCCAGUGAUGGCCGCACUUACCCAAACGAGUGUAAAAUGCGUAAAGCAGCGUGUGAUAGCGGAACGACACUUUUCGUGAAGUACAAUGGAAUUUGUGAAGGGUGUGCCAAGAAAAACUGUCAGUACUACUCCACUUGUAUCGUAGAGAAUGGCAAAGCAGAAUGUCGCUGUCCCACUGAGUGUAACAGGAAUAUGCCUUACCGGAUGGAUUCUACUCUGCUUUCAGUUUGCGGUACGGACGGUGUGACAUAUUCGUCAGAAUGUCACCUGAGGAAGAGUGCCUGUCAGCAGAAGAAGUUCAUCGUAGUGGCUUUUGAAGGAAAAUGCGAUGCAUGCAUUCACGUCGAAUGCGGCUUUGGUCAGGAAUGUCGUGGUGGAAAAUGCAUCUGCUCCUACCAAUGCCCUUCAUCACCCCCACAAUCUGCACGUGUCUGUGGAGAAGACGGUGUUUUGUAUGCUUCGGAUUGUCAUCGGCAGUUAGCCGCUUGCCAGAAAGGCUCUCCAAUUCCAGUCAUGCCUCUCACCCACUGUCACUCCGCUAUGGCAUCUGUUUCAGACGCAUGUCAUUGCCACAGCCUCGGAUCGUUCGGCCCUCAUUGUGACAAGAACGGUAACUGCAGAUGCCGAGCAGGUGUUGGUGGAUCGAAAUGUGAUCACUGUCUACCGGGAUUUUGGGGCCUGCACCUUAUUGCGAUCGGUGCACAGUCAUGCAAACCAUGCGGCUGUUCGGUGUUCGGCUCUUCUCGUCCUGAUUGUGAGCAGUCCACUGGCAGAUGUGAAUGUUCUCGUGGUGCACGUGGAAAAACCUGCGAUCGAUGUGACGACGAUUUAGUUAUGACUUCUUCGGGAUGUGUUGAGAGGGAGGAGUUCCGAGCGCCCAGGAGCUGUGCAACAUUGGAAUGUCAUCACGAAGCCAAAUGUGUAGAAUCUCAAAGUGGACACCCUCAUUGUGUGUGUCCAUCACACUGCGAUAUCGGACAUCUUGGUAUAGUUGCCAACAUGAGUGUUUGUGGUUCGGACGGUACGACUUAUGAGAAUUUGUGUCAACUUACUCAGUUCGCAUGUAAACACCAACUCGAUCUGGUGGCGGUCUCGCUUGGAAUCUGUUCUGACGGUGGGUCACAAGGCUUUUUACGCAGAAUUUCUCACUGA